GUUGUAUUUCAAACACAUAUUUUACCAUUAUUCUACCGAAAAACUUAAUUAAUAUUUUUUUCGUUUUGUUAAAUUUAUAGAGCUCAAGAUGAAAUUCAAAACGAGGCAGCCGCUCAAAUUUGAAGACGAAAAUGUCGCGUAAAUAAUGACAAUAAAGAUGUUUUAAAUCAAGAAAAUAGUUAAUGGUUUUAACUUGAUCAGUUGCAAAGUGAGACAUCCUGUGAAAAUGAAAAUGGAUCCUGGGAAAAGAGAUGCAUUAGUAGCAUGGCUUGAUUCGUUUUGUGAAGACAAGACUGUAACUUCUAUCACUGAUGUGAGUUCAGGAAGGGAAUUCUUAGACUUUAUUGCAAGACAUGAUUGUUCAAAGAAUUUUAAUGGGAUAGAAUCAAGGGAAUCUAUUUUCACAAUUAUCCGUCAGACUUUGGAAGGAAUAUAUGCCACAGACUUAACAGGGGAGAAUUCCAUCAUUGACUUUGCAACAGUUCUAAAACCAAACCCUCCACAUGAAAAACUAGAGUUUGAACUUUCAAAGAUACUAUUAGCCCUCAUAGGAGCCUUCUUCCAACCUACCAAUGGAGAUGUGGGAGUCUUUGCCAAGGUGGCCCUGACUCUCCCUGCAGACAAACAGGCCCAGUUCCUACAGAUGCUGGAGCAUGUUCUCAGUAAAGACCUGGACCAAGAAUUUGUUGCAGUGCUCACAAAACAAUUAGAUUCUGAUCCCGAUGGUGCUCUUUUCUUGAAACUAGUGACUCCCAUUCCUCGCCCAGAGGCCUCGACACCAUUGCUGGAACAAUCCUUCAACUUUGCCAGUAGAUGCAUCAAUGGCUCUAUGAGAGAUAGCCCAGCUCCUGCCCACCACCAAAAUACCAGUCUUGGCAACCUCUCUGUGCUGGAAAUCAACUCCCCACUGCGAAUGAUGUCUCUCAACUCCUCCCCUGCCCCUGCAUCUCUUGGGGACCUGAUGCACUCUCCUCAACUCAUGCAGAAGGCUCAGCUUCGUCAAAAGGAUAGGGAAAUUAAAAGACUAGAAUUUAGUCUUCGCAGUGAACAGCAUCUGAGGUGUGAACUAGAAUUGGAUCUAAAAGAGAAAUGCUCAACACUUGAACAAAAAGAACUAAAAAUCAGGGAGUUACAAGAAGCCAUCAAAGAACAAAGAAAGUUACGAGAUGCUGUUGAUGAGUUGGACCAAGUUCAGAACCUUAAUGAAAAACUGAAUCAGGAUUUACAGAGUUGCAAGGCCAAAAUGUCAGAGUUUCAAGAAAUGAAACAACAGAAAGAGUAUUUUGAAAAGCAGUAUGAGGAAACCUUAUCACAGUACAACCAAAUGGAAGAAGCUAUGCGCAGCCUGGAAUCCCUUAAAAAAAGCCACCAUGAGUAUCGCAGUAAAUGCCACACACAGGAAGUAGAAAUCUCUGUUCUACAAACCACACUCCAACACAGAGCCGAAGAAAUUGAGGCCCUCAAAGGGGAGUUGACCACAAUGAAUGAGGCCCGGCAGUGUGCCAUUCAGCAGUUCAACGAUAUGAAGAGGGAGAAAGAAGAACUGGAGGAAAUGUUUGCUGCCAACGGCAUGGGUGGUAGUGUAGGAGAAAGCAUGGGAGUGGUGACAGACAUCAGGAUCCGAGACCUAGAGGCCGAGCUGACUCAGCUUAAGUCUGCCUGGAUUGACCCCAUCGCUCACGAUCAGGUCAAGAAAGAGCUGCUACAAAUGACAGAGGCCAAGGAGACUUAUCAAACAAAGUUUUCUGAGGUUCACAAGGAGCUGCUGGCAGUUCAGAGUGAAUUUGAAGCGAUGAAGACCAAGCUGACUGGCCUGGAGUUUCAGCUCUCCGAGAGUCAGCAGAUCUCACAGGGUCAGGACGACACCAUCAAGUCCCAGGCCAAGAAGCUCCGAGAACAACAGGACGCACUGACAUCGCUCAGAUCGUCGGAGGAGGGGUUGCGCUCCCAGGGUCAGGAGAUGGAGGAGACGGUGACCAGUCUGAAGAAAGAACUGGCCCGCAGUCAGGCCGAGUACAGUCUACUCAGAGAGGAGUUUGAUCGUGAGAAGCAAAUGUAUGAAAGCAGAAGACAGACAAUGACUGCCUCCUAUGACACGGUCCUCUCAGAAAGAACAGCUCUGGAACAGACUUUAAGUAAAGAAAAGGCUUCACUGAUGAAUCAGAUAGAGGAUCUACAAUCUCAGCUCAAUUCCCAAACCGAACAGGCUAACAACAUUGAAGAGAAUCUGAAAACCAAGCUUGUCGCCUCCCAAAACUCCUUAAAGCAGACCGAAAUUGUGUUAGAGAAUGAGCGAUGGACAAAGGACAAUGUUAUCAAAGCUUUGAAAGAAGAGAUGAUGCAACUGAAAGAGGAAAUUACACAGACUGAGGAAAAGCUGAAUGUUCAGAUUAUGACAGUUUCCACUGAGGCUAAACAACAGGAGGAAUCUGCACAGAAAGAACUCGCCCAGAGAGAUCAAAACAUUGAGGAACUGAAACAGCAGUUACAAUCCAUCAGAUCUGAGAGUAAAAUGCAAGUAGACCAACAAACAGAGAAAAUAAACAACUUUGUGCAUGAACUGGAUCAGCUCAAGAGUGAAAACGAGAGAUUGAAGACAGAUUGUGUAAACUUUGAAAAGAAAAUUGAUAGCAUAAACAGCAAGUCCAAGUCUCAGGUGGAACAACUGCAGAGUCAGCUGUCAUCUUGGCAGGACAAGUAUCAGUGGAGUGCUCAUGAUAACCAGAUGUCAGCUGAGCAGAUGAGUGAGCUCAAGAUGAAGCUAGAAGAACAGGGUCAGGAACUGGAGACCAUUAACACAGAAUUACUGAGGGAAAAGGAGAAGAAUGUGCAACUCAGUAACAGGGUUAGUGAUCUUGAGAGUGACUGCAGUGCUGAAAAGUGUGCCUCCGAGAACAAGUCAAUGGAGGUGGAUAGACAAAAGUGUGAGAUAGAGACACUGCAGAAAUCCCUGACCCGUGUGAAGACAGAAAAUGAAUAUUGUAAGAAUGAGCUUUUGGAGGUAAAGACUAGUUACGGGAACUUAGAACAGGAUAUGCAAAACACCGUAGACAAAUUGAAAAAUGAAAUUUCAAGGAUUAGUUCACAGAAUCAAAAAUUACAAGGUGAACUUGAAGAACUUCAGUUGGUGUCAAUGGAAAAAGAACAGUCUUUGAAAAAGGAACUGAAUAGGUUGGAACAGACAAGCAAUGAUCUUGAAAGUCGUCUGCAGCAAGAGGUUAAUUUCCAUCAAGAACAAUUAAAACAACAUGAGGAGGCAACUGAGCAGAAUCAGAAAAUCAAUGGAGAAGUGUCAAGGUUACGUCAGCAGUUACAGCAUAGAGAAGCAGAGCUUCAAGCCGCACGUGAGGAAGUACAGAGCAAGCAAGAUCUAUUGGAGGAAAACAGUGGCCAGAUGGCGCUAGUUAAGAAGGUCAUAGAGGUCAAACAAGCAGACAACGAACAACUCCAACAGCAGAUCCAACAGCUCGAGAAAACAGUGAAAGAAAUGAAGGAUAAAGAGUCAGAGCUUAACAAGAACCAGAACAGAGUGAAAGCCCAGAGGGAUCAGUUGGAAAAGCGUCUACAAGAUUCAGAGGCAAGUAUUGGACAACUGCACAGAGAAGUGGACUCUCUUGAAGUUGAGAAGAACAAGCUGAAUGGCUUAGUUACAAGUUUGAGAAACACUUUGGGAGAUGUUCGUGGACAGAGAGAUGAACUCCAAGGGCAAGUUGAUCAGCUGACCUCUAACAAUGCCAAGCAGGUCAGAGUGAUGACAGAUCGUGAAGAAGAAAUCCAGAGCUUGAAGGAAAGAAUUGCUUCUUUGCAGGAUGAAGUUGAAUCUCUCACUAACCAAGCAAUGGCCAAUCAGACAGAGAUCCAACAAUCUGGUUCGGAAUGUGAAAGACUGAAAGAGAAGACCAGCAGGCUGGAAGCAGAGAUUCAGGAUCUGUCAUGUCGUCUGGAUGAUCAAAAACAGCAGACAGAGUCCCUGUUAGGAAGGAACCAAGAUUUGGAAAGUCAGAUAAUGAAUCUUCACAACGAGCUUGAAGUGGAGAAAAAGAGUGUGCUAUCAGUGACCAGUGAAAGAGAUGAGAGCCUUAGAAAGGUGGAGGUCCUCUCGGAGCAAGUGAACAGUCUGCAGGCGGAACUCAGUUCAGAGAUACAAGCACUGAAGAGUGAACUGGAAGACAAAGAGCAGUGUGCGAAACGGCUAGAGGAGAGGAAUUUAGUGCUGGAAAGUGAUCUGUCAGGUGAAAAACUGAUUUCUGAAAGACUGCUGGCAGAAAAAAGUGAUCUUGAUAAAAUGAUAAUGGACUUGAAUGUUGAUUCUGAAAAACUUACGCAUUCUUUGGAACAUCUGAAGAAAGAAUACUCAGAUAAGUUGUGUGAAUUGGAAAGUUUGAAAGCUAGGAACACUGAAAAUGAAAAUACACUGAAAAUGAAAGUUGAUGAAUGUGAAAACAUAUUGAGUGAAAAGCAGAGUUUAUGUGAAAUGAUUGAAACUUUAGAAUGUUCAGUGAACCAGUUGACAUCACAAAACGAGGAAAGUGCUGGUCAACUCAGGAAGGCAUCAGAAAAUCUUAUUGAAGCUAACAAGGAACUAGAAUGUAAGAGGGAUGAAGUAGUGCAGCUGAAAUCAGAUUAUGAAAAAACAGUUGAAGAGAAGAACAAGACAACUCAAGGUUAUAAGGAACAGAUUGAGUCACUGUGUGAAGAGCAUGAGGAGAAAGUUUCCUCCCUGAAAGAAGAGCUCUCACAACUGAAGCAGAACAGUGAAGAGAAAUUAAAGAGCUUAGUAGUUGACUUUACUGCUAUUAACCGUGAGCUGAAAGAAGCUAGGGACAGGCAACAGACAAAUGAAAGGACGAUUGAUGAGCUUGAGAUACAGUGUAAAGUGGAGAGGGAGGCUAAAAAAGAAAUGAAGGCCAUGUUUGAUAAGACGGUGCAGGAACUGCAGGAGGAUGUUGAGUUUAGAACCAGACGUUAUCAAGAACUUGAAACUCAAACUCACCGCAAGCUUGAGGAAAGUGAAUCUUACUGGCGGGCACAGCUUGAGCAGUUGGAAAACGAGUAUUCAAGGGCCUCAGAGGAAGUGAAAGAGAACUACAGCACUGAGAUGCAAGAAAAACUUAACCAAAUGACCAGUCGGUAUGAAUCCAUAGUGGCAGAGAAGGAGGGCAUGUUGAGCAAUCAGAGACUCAUGUUCCAAGACCGAGUAUCUCACCUUGAAGGCAGGGUUGCCCAGAGACAGAGAGAAAUAGAAGAAGUUCGAGAGAAAAACAAAAAAUUGGAAGAUUUGCUCACUGAGGAGCUGAACAGCCACAAGGAGCUUAAGAUCAUCACUGGUGAACUCAAAGCAAAGAUUGUAGAGAAAGACAGUGCCAUCAAGGAGAGAAACACUGCUGUGGCUCAGCUAAACAGAAGUCUGAAAGAAAAGGAAGGUGAAGUGGAAAGCUCCGCAAGAAAGAUCUCUGAGCUCCAGCAGGACAUUCAGUCUCUACAGAGCAAGGUACAGUGUCUCUCAGAAGAUGUUGAGAACCAGACACACAAUAAAGGAGACUUGCAGAAAGAGAUAGAGGUGUACAAAGAGCAGAGAGAAGCGGCCCUGGCUGAGGUCACCAGUUACAAACAGCAGCUUGAUGCUGUGGAAGCAGAAAGAGACAGCUUGCAGGAAGAAAUUGAAGGAUACUCUGAAAAAUUUGAAAAGUUUCAAGAAAAUCAUGAAUACAAGAUGAAACAAGCAGAGUUGCAGGUGCUUGAGACUAGAAAUCAGAAAGAAAAUGCUGAACUCUCUCUCAAAAAUGAGAUUCAGAGCUGGCAAAAGAAGCUUUAUGAAGAAGAGGAAGCAAGGCAAAAGCUGGAAAAUGAAUUGAAACAAGCCCAGGCAGAAAAUGAGAAAUCACAGCGAAUGUUGGACAGCUACAAAGUCCACUACAGCAAGAAGAAAGAGCUGAUUGAAACUCAGAACCAGGAAGUGGAAGCUCACAGGAAUCUCGCUCGUGAGUUCCGACAGAAGGCUGACAGGCUCUCCUGUGAUAAUAAGGCUCUCAAGAUACGAGUACAGGAAUUGAAUUCUGAAAUAGCUGCAUGUAAAUCUAAACUGGACAAAGCAGAACUUGAUGUUUCUCCAUUGCAAGAAGAACUUCAGGCUGAAUGUAUGAAAAACAAGGCUCUGAACAAUGAGAUCAGAAGUCUGAAAGUCCAGUUAGACCACGCCUCCAGACAGCUGAGAGACAUGAACAAAGGUGCUCCAAGGACCACAGAAAACACAGAGCUGUUUUCAACCAAUAAAGUCAUUGACUCUAUCAAAAUGCAAGAUCAUGAACUAGGCCAUGCUCUAUUUGGGCAGACAGAGACAAAGACAAUCCUGAGGCCCAGGGAGGCGAUAGAUUCCUUGGAUGACUCCAUCUUCCUGGAGUCUCCUCCCAAGAAAGAACAUGUCAAAACAGCCAGCAAUGUUACUCUGAAGAGUGAUGUUGUGGACGGUCUCGCGGACCGUAGGAUGUCCCUCAGAAGUUACUCCCAGCGACUGUCCAGUACUGACAUGAACCAGAGUAUGUACAGCACCAGCUCAGCUGCCUCCACCACUAGUGUGCCUCGUGGAAUGUUCCACUGUGAGGAUGAACCUGAGGAGUUUGAGUGGAACCGACUGACAGAGCUUCAGAGGAGGAACACCCUGUGCCUGCCCCAUCUAAAAACCUCCUACCCUGUGGAGACGCAGCGAGUCAAACCCCAGGAGAUCAGCGACGACGCCCUCAGACAGAGCAUCAUGCCCAGUGGGAGUGGCAAAAAGCGAAAGAAGGAGCAGCUUAGUGACGAGGAUGAUCAGAAAGCUUCGAUGAACCUCAGAAGCAGUAAACAGGAAUUGUUUAUAAAGAACUCAAACAUUUUUCAGGCUAAACAUGGACCUUCUCAACAGAAGUCCGGUCCAUUGACUCCAGUCAAACCCAACACCCGGACUCCCAAAACUCCAACUAGUGCAAGGAAGUCCAAGAAGACUCCCAAGAAAACACCAGGGAAACUCCAAACUCCAAAAAUGAGCCUAAAUAGAGAAAACCCGACAUCAACGAAAAAGUCAAGACUUGGUGGAUUAAAAUUCAGUAUAGGAUUUACACCAAAGGAUAAAAGCAAAGAAAAUGCCAAGGGUUCAUCUAAGUCCGAGAUAAACAGUCAGAGGCUUUUUGUCUGGCCGAUAGAAAGCCCUUGAAAAGCAAAAACUGGUUUAAUAUGGGGCAUUAAAGGGAUGUUUAUCAUUAAUUCCGUGAAAAGUGAAGGCUUUUGUUGUAAAUCUUCUUGUAAUCUGACAACAUUUUAUAUGGAAUUUCUACUGUGAUAUAGUCAAUUUAAUUCACAACAUUCACAAAAAACCUGAACUUAUCUCUUACAAUUCACUGUGUUAAAUAUGUACAUGUAUAUUGCAAAUCUUAUGUUAUCUGAGAUAAGGAUGUAAAAAUGUAUAUUUUCUGUAAAUGUUGAACUUUGAGUGGAACUUUGCUUCUCUUUUAAUGUGGAUAAUCUGUUUGUGUACUACAUGUAUAAAUGGCUAUUAAUUAAAAAAGAACUUGGUACCAUGGACUUGUAUGCUUUAGUAAAAUUCAUGGUACAUAUGUAACUACAUAUUUUUUUUUGUAUAAAACAAACAAAUAUCAGAAGUGUUGUGAAUUUCCUUUUUAUUUUUUGAAUAUUUUUAUUGUCCUUGUUUUACAGGUGUGUAUAGAUGGAAUCAUGUUUUUACUAGUCAUGUAGAGUAGCUUGAUCGUAGUGGUUAUUAUUUAUUAUUAUUUUGUGUGAUCAUGUACAUGUAUAAAGUAUGCUUUGUAUCACAGUGCUCAAAACUUCAGGCACAUGAAAAUGGCAGCAGUAAAGGAAGUAAAAUUAUAA